CACGACUCGAAUCUAUUACUCGGGUGACGCAACUCCUAUACAUUAACACUUGCAAGUCUCUCUCGCACUGAAGCUCCUUUUAUAUAAUCAUUGAAUAGGUACCCUCAAUUCCUCAUUGGUGAGAAUCUCUAUAACAACUACGUAUCUCCUCAAAACUUUCUUCCAAUAUCCGUCACUCCUCCAUUACAGCUAUGGCUUCCAAAGAAUCCAAAGAGCCUUACCAAGACUUGGUGACAGAAAACACUGUACAAGAUGACUUAGACGAAGCAGAGGAGACACUAUCCCUAUGUGAUCUUCCUAUAUACAACGAUUCUGCUCGUUACGAAGACUUCUCUGAACAACAUCAAAACUUUUCAUCAUCGCCGUCCGAUCAAGACUGCUUUGAAUUCUUCAGUGAAGAUUGGAUUAAAGGGUCCAGUUUUUCAUCGGAAAACAUUGUCUUCUGUGGAAAGAUCAUUCCCUGCAAAGAACCAGUCUCCGAAGACACCCACAAGAAAGAAAGCAACAAAGAGCGAGAAGAACACAAGCCUGGCCUUUUCAGGUACCCUCAAUUCCUCAUAGCUAUGGCUUCCAAAGAAUCCAAAGAGCCUUACCAAGACUUGGUGACAGAAAACACUGUACAAGAUGACUUAGACGAAGCAGAGGAGACACUAUCCCUAUGUGAUCUUCCUAUAUACAACGAUUCUGCUCGUUACGAAGACUUCUCUGAACAACAUCAAAACUUUUCAUCAUCAUCAUCAUCGCCGUCCGAUCAAGACUGCUUUGAAUUCUUCAGUGAAGAUUGGAUUAAAGGGUCCAGUUUUUCAUCGGAAAAAAUUGUCUUCUGUGGAAAGAUCAUUCCCUGCAAAGAACCAGUCUCCGAAGACACCCACAAGAAAGAAAGCAACAAAGAGCGAGAAGAACACAAGCCUGGCCUUUUCAGGUGGACAUCGAAGUCGUUGAACAGAUCAAAACCCUCUGAAUCCAGAAAAAGGGUGUCAAAUUUGCGGUAUGUUUCGAGUUCAAAGACUUUGUCAUCGCCGGUGCCGGAGAAAUAUAGGUAUGACACCCAUAAAUGCAGCAAGAAAUAUGAUAGAUGGUACUUGUUCAUGUUUGGAUUGGCCAAGUUUCCGGCGGAGAUGGAACUGAGGGAUAUGAGAAGCAGGAAGAUUCGCAGGAAAUCAUGGUUGUUUAGAACCAACGGUGGUGGUGAGAAGGGGUUUGUUGGGAGGAGAAGAAUGAAGGGGUUGUGGGGGCUGAUUAGAGCUUUGGGUUGUGGUGGCCUACACCAUACAACCGCCGUCGCGAGUAGUGGCCCCGCCUUGAACGUGUCCGAGUAUGCAAGAAUUGACUGUAUGACACGCUCCAAACUAGGAUAGACGUGUACUGAUGUCUUUUUUAUUUGAAAUUCUU